AUGUCUGGUCCCCCAACGAAGGACCAGGACGACCCCGCACUUACUGAGUUUGCCGAUGAGCUCUCAGGUGCUGCUCCAGACGUAUUCGGCAGUGCGCUCAACGUCCUCGCAGUAUUCGAUGUCGCGAACGAGCGGAUAUGGCAGAAAGCCCCCACAAUGCAUCUGAGCACCGCCUGCACAUUCACAGAUACUAACCCUCAAUGCUGGGCCACUGCACGCCAGACAGCGUGGAACUACCUCUUGAACUCUCGUGGAAUCGAGCUUGUUCAGUUGCAGAGGGGUGCAUUUUACUUUCGCACCUUGAACGUGGACCCUGAUGACUUGACGAAAACAGACGAUGCAAAAUUUCUCUGUUUGUGCCUGUGGAUUUUGCGGCAGCACCGUUGCAUCUUUCAAGUCUCCCUGUCAAUUCCCGUCCUCGCACCGAGGCAUAGGUCUCUCUUCAUGCAUCUGCUAAAACUGACGGAGUACGUGCAGAAGUUGGAAAUUCACGAGCAUCAGUUCAGAGCGUCGGCAUGCGAUCUGGAUCCGCCGGCAGGCACGUCAAGAUUUCAAGAUUUCGAAGGCAAGCCAUGGGCGUACAAGCUGGACUGCCUGUCUCAGCUGCAAGAGUUGGGGUUAUCUACUGUGAGUCUUAACGAUGAAGACUGCGAUGCUCUGAUCCGCUCCAUCGAACGGAACAAGUAUCUCGUUGCCGUCAUCCUAAUCGACGUAGAGAUGAACAUGCAGACAUUUGCCGGUCUCGUUGACAAGAUUGUGAAGCUCGAAAAACUACAGGACUUACGCAUAAAAAUUACCGCCAAAGAACCCAAGGCGAUGUUCGAAAAAACCUUGUCUCUGAUUGGUAAGGCGCCUAUUCUAUCAAGACUCUACGUACACGUUGACUAUGGCAUGGAAAGCUUGCUGACUGGUCUCCAAGGAAACUGGACACUCGCAGAGCUGACCCUGGAGCCGACAAUUACCAGCUCAGUUGUUCUGGCCAAGCUUUGGGCAUUUCUUGAGAAGAAUCCUUGUUGCCGACGCCUCAAACUCUGUGUGGACCUCGCUGCGAUGCCAGACAACUGCGACGCGCUAAACCAUUUGGAAGAAAUCAUGCGUCACUCCCCUGUGCGAGUUCUAGUGCUUUCCGGAUCUAUCAUCAAUUCUCGCCAGUCGUUGCAGAUCGCCGACGCUCUCGGGGAAAGCCGACUCAUUGAACUCCAUCUGGACGGAUGCCAGAUCCGUUGCGAGGCCAUCCCCUCCUUCAUCAGAGCCGUCAAGAGCUUAAGGAAGCAAGAGACUGCGUUCUUCGAGGAGCUGAACCUUGGAGCCGUUGUUGGGGAUGAGGAGGAGCAAAUCGAGGUGUUCAGGCUCGUGACUGCAGCACACGUCAGACCGUGGAUAACGAUUGCGCUUAAUGACUGUGUUAUGAAUAUCUCCUUGCCGUGGGUGUUUCGCUCAACAGGAGGAAAUCGUAAUUUCGCCAAGCUAUCUUUGUCAAUCAGGGAAGGAAAAUAUCAAGAUCUAAUCUUCCAUUCCCUGCGGUACGCGGCGCCGACGUUGCAAAGCCUCUCCAUCGACAGUGACAAGGUCAUCAGUAAAUGGGGCGCAAUGUUGCUUGCAGUCGUAAUCGAGCGCAGCAAGCUGCUCAAGGUUCUGAGUCUUCGUGGUCCCAUCUCACCCAAAGGUUCCGAACAGAUACUGGAGUCUCUGGCCAAGUCUCGAAGCGUCCUUAUCCUCACGAUCGAGCGCUGGCGCCUGAUAAACAACGUGGCAAUCACAUUUAGCAACAUGCUCCACAAGAAUCGCAGUCUAUGUCGGCUCGAGUUCUACUGGAACGACAUCAAGGACUACUUGCCUUUCAAGGAGCACCUUCUGCGUGGUCUCAUGACCAACCUGUCCGUGGUGGUUGUGAAGAUGUACCGAGGCAAGCGUCGCGAUGAAUUUCCUGAGCUCAACUUCGAGCUCUUGCAGUACCUCCGCAGGAAUGAGAUGAUGCUCGCCUGGGCUGCUGACGUCGCCCUGAGGGACGACAUGCGCCAGGAGGGCCUGAUGAUCGCAGAGUUUCUUGACAUUUGUGAGGCGUCCCUGGACCUUUAUCAGCGGAACGCUGACAUCUCACCUGGCACGGCUGAGAACCGCGUGCGCCUGGCCCGUAUGGCGACCAGGACUCACUACUACAACCUCCACACCGCGUUCCCUGUCGCGUUCAGAUUGUGGAAGAAGCCUGCAGCCCUAAAAGCCGCCCAGAACCUCGUUCUGUCUAUGCGGCCCGUCGUAUUGAUGACACUGCUGGGAAUGGAAUAUGGAGGUCUACCACAGGAGGAGGAAGAUGAUCUCCCACAGAAGGAGCAAGAUAGAAGUCUCCCACAGGAGGAUCAAGAUGGAUGUCUCCCACAGAAGGAGAAAGAUGGAGGUCUCCCACAGAAGGAGAAAGAUGGAGGUCUCCCACAGAAGGAGAAAGAUGGAGGUCUCCCACAGGAGGAGAAAGAUGGAGGUCUCCCACAGGAGGAGAAAGAUGGAGGUCUCCCACAGGAGGAGAAAGAUGGAGGUCUCCCACAGGAGGAGAAAGAUGGAGGUCUCCUACAGGAGGAGAAAGAUGGAGGUCUCCUACAGGAGGAGAAAGAUGGAGGUCUCCUACAGGAGGAGAAAGAUGGAGGUCUCCCACAGGAGGAGAAAGAUGGAGGUCUCCCACAGGAGGAGAAAGAUGGAGGCCUCCCACAGGAGGAGAAAGAUGGAGGCCUCCCACAGGAGGAGAAAGAUGGAGGUCUCCCAAUGGAGGAGAAAGAUGGAGGUCUCCCAAUGGCGGAGGAAGACGAAGGUCUUCCAAUGGCGGAGGAAGUUGGAGGUCUUCCAAUUGCGGAGGAAGUUGGAGGUCUCCCAAAUGAUGUGUGA